AACACUAAAAAAAAAAACAGUAGAAGCAAGAAAGCGAAGAAAAACAGUAGAAGCAAGAAAGCGAAGACAAACAUGAAGCUGCUAAGUUGGAUUCGAACUAUAAAGCAAAACGGUUUAGACCAAUCAAAGGAGUUCAAAGGUAAUUUCUGUUGCUUAAGAGCUCACGUUUCAUCUGAAGUCCAAGACAUCCGUACAAACUCCUUCUCCUUCUAUGGACCAUCUCAUGACCCGAAACCACCAGAAGCUGAUGAGGAACUCGAGUUUGAUCAUGAAGACGGGUUCGGUGGAUUUCUAACGAUCGGGACGCUCGGUAGAGAUCCUGAAACACCAAGAUUCACUUCAGUUGCAAAAGAAGAUGUAACCGGAGUACACAAAGAUAUUGCAAAGCUCAUUACUGAGAAGCUAGACAAGUUGCUUGAGGAAUAUCCGGAGGAUAGUAGCAGUGAGCAGGCUGAGAGAUCGAAUGCAAAAGAACAUAGAGAAUCAGUUGAUGUAUGUAAAGAUCGUAUUGAGUUUACAAAGAGCAGCAAAGAAGUAAAGAAGAAAGAGGGUUUACUUGCAAGCCUCUUCAAGAGAAGUAAGACGGUAGAAGGAGAGUGUAACACCCUGAAGAAACAUGGCACAGGAGAUUUGAUUAAAACGGUGUUCGAGAAGCUCCACAUGUCUUCUUCAAAGACAAUAAAAGAUGACAAUGAUGAUUAUAUGCACAAGAAGAAAGACAUCAGAAAGAAUGUUCAAAACUUCCGGAGUAAAGUCCAUCCUGUUCUCAGUACACCUGCAAGAGAUGAUAGCGAGGUAGAUGACAGAAGAAGCUGCACCAACCUCAAGGAUCCUCCUCCUCUUAACGGAGGGUUUCUUGUUUCAAGCUCCAUCUCGGAAGCGAACUGGAAAAGAGAAAAAUGGAUCAAGACUGACGCAGAGUAUCUUGUUCUGGAACUUUGAAGAUCAACACACAUUGCAACAAACCUACAUUGAUGUUCUCCUAUGAAACUUAUAUGUAAUCUAUAAGAUCACUAUCUAUUAUUGUCUUGUCAAAAGGUUAUGUAGUCUAGUUUAAGGCAAUUAAUAAUAAAGCUUCUAAUAUUGCUCAAA